UGGCCAUGCCGGCCGCACCAUGGCCCCUGUGGAGCAGGACGCGCUGGCCCUGCAGGAGCAGCUCUUCCACGCGAGGGUCCGCGAGUGCAUCCUCCCAGCUGAGCACAGGCAUCACUUGGCCCAACUUUGCUGAGUGCAGGAGGUGUUGAGGGGCCCUCAGCCAGGCAGAGCUCUGCACUACAGAGUACGACUGACAGGAAUGGACCUGCAGCCCGAGACACCUCCCUGGGCAGAAGCAGGAAUGGAAGGACCUCUGUGCACUGUCUCUACCACGGUUCCAGAGCUUGACUGGCUCUGGGGGCUCCCUGGGCGGCCAAGGCCCCUGGGCCAGGCAGGAGGGAGCUUCUGUGGUUUCUCUGCUCAACCUGUGCCGAGGUGGCAGCUUUGGGCGACCUUUCCCCAUCCUGCUACGUGCCCAGUGGGAUGAAAGGUCACUGUGUUCCUCAAACGUCGCGUGCUCUGUCUGGACCUUGGCGUGCCGGUGGGGGCAGGAGGGAUGCGGCAGUGGCCUUGGCACCCGGCUCAAGGCUGUUCCUGCGUCUCUGCCGGAUGCUGAUGCCAGUGGGGCACAGGCUGCGGGCUCGGAUGGUGUGGGGGUGUCCCACAUGAUCGGACCUUCAGCCCUGCCAGCGCAGGCUGAGCCACAGCUGCUGAGUGGGCUCUAUCUGUGGCCUCAGGCCCUCUUUGCCAGGGUGCUGUGGCAGACUGCGGGCACCUUUGGGUGAACCCUGGGUGCAGCCCCUGUGCACAGGCAGAGCGAAGCACACACAUGGGGUGUAACCAGAGCCAGGAUUGGAAAAACAAAUAGGGUGGAGGUGAUGGGCCCCAGAGCCAGCGGUGUUGCCCAGGGUGGAAGCGCUGGAGUCUGCCUGCACUGCCCACACUCCUCUGCCUGCAGAUCUGUGCCCUGCUCUUUGCCAGCCUCUACAUUCUCUGCCACUUCAUCAUAACCCACUUCAAGAAGCACACGGACUUCGUGGCAGGCAGGGCAGCUCCUCCCUGGGAUUGUUUCUGCAGCAUUUGGAGCAGGGGAAGGUUUGGGAGCAGGCAGAAGAUGAUGCUUCAGGCAGCCCUGCAUCCCUCAGCUCUUUGUUUGUGUUCUUCCCCCUCUGCAGCACAUGAUGACGAGGAUGCUGCUGUCAACAGGAUUGCGCUGGGGCUCUGCACCUUCACCCUGGCCGUGGCGCUGGGUGCCGUCCUGCUGCUGCCCUUCUCCAUCAUCAGCAACGAGGUGCUGCUCUCCUUCCCCCAGAACUACUACAUCCAGUGGCUGAAUGGGUCCCUCAUCCACGGCCUCUGGAACUUGAUCUUUCUGUUCUCCAAUCUGUCCCUCGUCUUCCUCAUGCCCUUCGCCUACUUCUUCACAGAGUCAGAGGGCUUUGCAGGAUCCAAGAAGGGCAUCAUGGCCAGGGUGUACGAGACAUCGGUGGUGCUGCUGCUGCUGACGCUGCUGGUGCUGGGCAUGGUCUGGGUGGCCUCUGCCAUCGUCAGCAACAACGCUGCCAGCCGCCAGUCGCUCUAUGACCUCUGGGAAUACUACCUGCCCUACCUCUACUCCUGCAUCUCGCUGUUCGGUGUGUUGCUCCUGCUGCUGUUCACUCCCUUCGGCCUCUCCACCAUGUUCACUGUCACGGGGAAGCUGCUGGUGAAACCCCGGCUCCUGGAAGACCUGGACGAGCAGUUGAGCUGCACAAGGCUCGAGGAAGCAGCUGUGUCCCGCAGGAUUGCUGACAAAGCUUCCUGCUGGCUGCACUUGAGCGUGGAGCCGCUGCGGGAGCAGUUCUUCACCAUCCGGAGCAAGAGGCGGAAGCUGGAGCUGCGGCACCGAGCGUCAGCCUGGCAGAGGAACCUGGGCUACCCGCUGGCCAUGCUGGGCCUCCUGGCACUGACGGGCAUCUCCCUCCUCAUUGUCUGCUUCCACGUCCUGGAACUGCUGCUGGAUGAUGCCGCGAUGCCACGGGGCAUCCAGGAUGCAUCCCUGGGACAAGUCUCCUUCUCCUUCUUUGGUUCCUUUGGAGCUGCUCUGCAGGUCAUCCUCAUCUUCUACCUGAUGGUCUCCUCCGUCGUGGGCUUCUACAGCUCCCCACUCUUUACUCAGCUGCUCCCUGAGCGGCAGGACACCCCCCUCACCAAGAUCAUUGGGAACUGCGUCUCCUUGCUGGUGCUCAGCUCAGCCCUGCCCGUCUUCUCUAGGACACUGGGGAUCACCCGUUUUGACCUCCUGGGAGACUUUGGCCGCUUCAACUGGCUGGGGAACUUCUACAUCAUCUUCCUCUACAACAUGGGCUUCGCAGUGCUCACCACCCUCUGCCUGGUGAAGAGGGUCUCCUGGGCUGUCCAGGCCGAGCUCAUCCGCGCCUUUGGUCUGCACAAGCUGCCGCUGCCUGUGACACGCUCCCGAGCUCUUGGCAAGCCCAGCUAGGACUGAGGGACGGGGACAUGUGUGUCCCCCCACCACGGUGGCCCCUGGGAUGACCACCAGCCACAGAGCCAGCCCUGAAGGUGCUUCAAGGACAUUGGAACCUCCCAGGGAGACCCCACGGUGGGUGGGGAUGGGCUGCCUGUCAAUCCCCCAGCUCUAUCUCAGCCUGUUGCGUUACUGAGCCUUGGCCUUGAGCCUCAUCCUCAUCACAGCCCCCUCAGGAACAUGGGGUGCCCAGGGGCUGCGCUGGCUGCAGCCCCCCUGCCCCAGUUACAUACCUCAUGCAAGAGCAGAUGCCCCCUGGUGCUGCCCCAGCAGCUCCCUGGGGUGGAGUUGGGUUUUAAGUUUCCCCCUACCCCAAGGACUGUCCUGACACAACCGUGGGGGCCCCGUGUCCCCCUGCCAGUCACUCCACACCCCCUCCUCGUGUCACUCCCGGGGCUGCCGGGGGGAGAGUCGUCCCCUGCACCAAGGCCUUCCAGUUCCUCAAGGGAAGAGCAGGGAUGGAGGGUCCCAGGGCAUUGGGCAUGUACCCCCUCAGCCCCACCAGCCCAGGGUGACAGAUCUGUCUGCUCUCUGUUACCACAGACCUUGUUUGGAGCAAUAAAGUUUAUUUUAUAUAUAUAUAUGUAAAA